UAAUAAUAAAUGCCUUUCAGGGCGCCUUUUGCAGGAGAGCGUUCUCUGCCUAGGACACUUCCUGCGGCCGCCCUGCAGGGGGCGCUGCGAACUAGACCGCGCGUCCCGUUGGAAAGGCAGCCAGGCGGGCAGGAGGGAGCCUUGGCGCUCUGAGCUCGGGCUCUGGGGGCGGCGGCUCCGGGAGAUGCGAUCCGGGGCGGGGAGUAAAAGCAGAAGCAGCCCCGCUUUCUCUUCGUGCCCCUUCGGCCCCUUUCGCUUUUCCUUUCUCCUCUUCUGGAUCCUUCUGGUCCAACAGACUAGAACUAUAUCUUGCUCAAAACCAACACCGGGUGUGACCCUUCUGCUACACCUUGCAGAUCCUCAAAAAUGAAUUUGGAAGGCAUAGCUUCUUACAGUCAUUGCAAUGGAAAAUCAGUGUGGUGGUGAGACAGUGAUACGGCAAACAGCUACAGCAGCCUGUCCAUCAUCCUUUGUUAACCUGCUGAAAGUCCACAGAGAACUAUUAGUUAGCAAAGUUCGUAAUACUCAGUGUUUGAUAGACAACUUACUCAAGAACGAGUAUUUCUCAACCGAAGAUGCAGAGAUUGCUGCACAGUAUCCAACCCAAGCUGACAAGGUUCGUAAAAUUUUGGAUCUAGCUCAGAGCAAAGGAGAAGAAGUUGCAGAAUAUUGCAUCUAUGUCCUGCAGCAAGUCGCUGAUGCUUAUUAUGAUUUGCAUCCAUGGUUGGAAGAGAUUGGAUUUCAUCCUUCAGAGGUCAUUAGUAAUAAACCUGUGGAAAAUACUGAUCCAGUCAGCAGGUAUCAUCAGAAACUUAGAGAUGAAUUGGGCCGAGACACAAAGUUCAUCGUGUCAUAUACCCAAAAGGAGGACAUGCUGCUUGAAGAAACUUAUUCAGCCAACAUUAUGGAGUUUAUCAAGCACAACAAUGAGAAAUUUGGUGACGUGAAUGCCCUGGAAGACCUUCUUAGUGACAGCGUUGGCCUAAUUAAUGAAAAUGGAGAGACCAUCUACAUCUUUGGGGAUGCAGGGAUUGGAAAAUCUAUGUUGUUGCAAAAGAUGCAAAAUCUAUGGUCCAAGGGUGAAUUCAGUGUUGGGGCCAAAUUCUUUUUCCGUUUCCGAUGCAGAACGUUCAGCUGUUUCAAGCAUGAUGACGCUAUCUGUUUGAAAGAUCUCCUAUUUAAAUACAAUUGUUUUCCUGACCAGGACCCAGAGGAGGUCUUUGACUUCAUUGUGAAAUUUCCUCACACCGUCUUGUUUACUUUUGAUGGCUUUGAUGAGAUCCAUUCAGACUUCGAUCUCAACAGCAUUCCUGAGACCUGUUCCCCCAGUGAAUCCAUUCACCCACUUGCUUUGCUGGUAGGCCUUCUCACUGGGAAGCUUCUGAAGGGUUCCAGGAAAGUCCUGACAGCAAGAACAGGGACUGAAAUUGACAAAAACAUUAUCAGGAAGAAGGUGCAUCUCCGAGGGUUUUCCACCAGCAACCUGAAAGAGUAUACCAGAAUGUUCUUCAAAGAUGAAGGAUGCCGGACUAUGGUUCUCAACCAGCUGGAAGCAAACCCAAAUCUCUGCAGUUUAUGCUCAGUGCCUUUAUUUUGCUGGAUUAUCUUCAAAUGCUUUGACCAUUUUCACUUCACAUUUGACAGCCAUGAGCUCCCAGACAUCAAAGUUACUUUAACAGACAUUUUCUUGCUCAUGACUGAGGUCCACUUGAACCGGACUCAGAAAACGAAUUUGCUGAAGAAGAACACAAGGAGCCAAGUGGAGACAUACAGGAACAGCAAAAACAUUUUGUUUGCUCUGAGUAAAUUAGCACACAGGGGAAUGCAGAAGUCUCUCUUUGUGUUUGACCAGGAUGAAGUUCUCAAUGAUCUCUCUGAACAGGAUUUACACUUGGGUUUCCUCAGGAUGGUUCUGGAUUACGGAAGCUGCAGUGACCAAUCUUCUUAUGAAUUCUUGCACUUGACCUUGCAGUCCUUUUUUACAGCUUUGUUUCUGGUCAUGGAGGAGAAAGUGGGUGCAAAGGAGUUGCUGCAUUUCUUUGCAGAAUGCUCUACUCUUGAUACCUCUCUGUCCAACUGCUUACCAAUCGCCUGGUUGAAAAAUCAUCGUGCGACCGGAGAGGAUCCUUUCCGGAAUAAUGAGCACUUCCAUUUCACCAACCUCUUCCUUUGUGGCUUGCUUUCCAAGGGACAGCACAAACUGAUGAGACACCUGGUUCCAUCGUCCACCAUUAAAAAGAAAAGGAAGGUGCUCCUUGCUUAUUUCUCUGAAAGCAUGAAGUCCCACCUCAAGAGCCUCAUCCGAGCAAGGCUGAAGGAAUAUAAGCAGCUUCAAGUCAGGCCCAAUUUUGUGUGGAUGCUGAGGUGUAUCUACGAGACGCAGAGUGAGAAGGUUGGCAAAGGAGUUGCUAAGAACAUGCGGGCCAACUACCUCAAGCUGACCUACUGCAACGCCUAUUCUGCUGACUGCAGUGCUCUCUCUUUUAUCCUGCAUCAUUUCCAGAAGCACCUGGCCCUUGACUUGGACAAUAACAACAUCAACGAUUAUGGAAUAAAGCAACUUUUCCCUUGUUUUAGCAAGUUAACAGUACUGCGGGUGAGUGUUAACCAAAUAACAGAUCAAGCAAUAAGAGUACUCUAUGAAGAAUUGUCUAAGUACAAAAUUGUGACUUAUUUGGGCUUGUAUAACAACCAAAUUACUGAUGUUGGGGCCAAAUAUGUUGCGAAACUCAUUGUGGAAUGUCCAAGCCUCAUUUAUGUUAAAAUAGGAGCAAACAAGAUAACAACUGAGGGAGGAAAAAGCCUUGCUUAUGCUAUUCGACAGAGCAAAACAAUGUAUGAAAUUGGAAUGUGGGGAAAUCAAAUAGGAGAUGAAGGAGCCAAGGCUUUUGCAGAAGCCCUGUGGAAUCACCCCACCUUAACAAACAUUAGUCUUGCGUUUAAUGGUAUCACCACAGAAGGAGGCAAAUGCCUUGCAGAAGCCAUGAAGCACAACAACACUGUGAACAUAUUUUGGCUCACAAAGAAUGACUUUGAUGACGAAGCGGCAGAGUGCUUUGCCGAAAUGCUAAAGGUCAACAAGAGAUUGGGCCAUCUGUGGCUUAUCCAGAAUCAGAUUACUGCGAGAGGAGCCAAGUGUCUAGCUGACGCUCUCCAGGACAAUACAGCUAUUAAAGAAGUCUGCUUAAAUGGAAACCCAAUAAGCCAAGAGGAGGCAAAAGCCUUUGAAAAUGAAAAGAGACUCAUUUGCUUUUGAGAAACUUCUUUCCGGGUUGGACGGCUGUCGGGAUGCCAAGGCUUAUUUCAGCAGCGGCUGGAGCCAGAACGACUCCCAAAAUCUGAACGGGAUGUGCACUUGACUACAGAAGCAUGCCUUUGACUUGUGGUAGAAGCGUGCCUUUAACUUGUGCCUUUGAACAUUGCAGUCUCUCCUGGCUGCUUUUGUGGCAUUUCGGAUCACAAGCGCGAAAAAAGACAUUAUCUUAACCAUUAACCAUAUAUUUACUCCAAUUUAAAGAAUGUGUGUGAGGAGGGGGCAGGAGGGAACUUCCAGCUGUUGGGAUCUUCAUUUUUGAACUGGAACUGUUAGCAUUAAAAAAAAAUUGGGCCAAAGCA